AUGUGUAUGUUUUAUAACACUGAUUCGGAUUCUCAGCUUAUUCCUACUCAGCUUGAUGCUGGCUCACAGUCUCAAUCCAUUCAGCAGCCAUUGUCUGUUUUGAAUUCUGGAAGUGAAUUGUCAAGUUUGACUCCAUCUAAACAGGAUUCUCUGCAUUCUAAUCAACUUUUUACUUCAAAUAUUGUCCAAUCUGAUGUGCAGUCUUGUGAAUCUGGACUAAAAAAUUGUGUUUCGGACAUUUCUGUCAUCCAAUCCACUACUGAACAAAUUGAUUUGAUGGACACUACGGCUUCUAAUAGUCCUGUUCGUUUAGAAACCAUGAACUGUGAUGUUGAUAUACCAUUUGAUUCUAAUGUAAAUGCAGUGCGUGAUGUUCUCUCUACUGCAACGCAAGUUUAUGCUUGUAAUGACAUGAUUAAGCAAGAUUCUGUUCAAGAAACCGAGCAUGAAUCUGAAGGAACAUUGACUCCUACUAAACCCAUUAGUACUGUCAUUGAACAUGCAGACAUUUCUGCUCAAUUGUUGUUUGCAUCUGAACAGGAAAACAUUGUCAUGGAGCAAGAAUCAGCGUGUAUCGAUUCUGGCAAUAGGACUGUAAUACCACGCAAACAAGACGAAUUCAUCGAGGUUGACGACAAACUAAACAAUCAACUGUCUGUGUCUACACUAGCAAGUCUUCCUUUAACUCACUUUGACACCAAACAAGUAUGUGAUGUUGAGAUUCAAGCUUCUCAAGCCAUUUCUGAAUUACCUGCCGAUCUUGCUAAUGGCAUGGACAAUGGCGUGGAUCAUUCUCAAAAAACUACUUCUGCAUACAUAGGAACAACAGGAAAAAAUACCACAGACCAUGAUAUCCGAUAUUGGGGUGCUUCUUUUGGCACCGUGUCUGCUACUGAAAUGCCUGCCUUUGAUGAUCAUGAUUCGAUCAUGGAAUCGCAAGAUUUUCAAUUCCAACCCGAUUCCAAUCCUCAGAUAUCGCAAAAUAAUUCAAACACUCCUUUACUUGCGCAUCAGGAUACAGUAUCUACCACACUUGACACUAUUUUGGAGUCUACUGCUCAAGUAUCUGCUGUAUAUCAUCAGAUGAAGACGUCGUGGUUAAAUGAUCAAUCUCUGAUGAAGCAAAAGAUGAUCGAGUCCGAGUAUCAACUUCAAGAAAGUCAGUCUCUUGUUUCAUCCCUCAAGUCUCAACUUGCUUCAAUAAGCGAAGAAUCAAGAAACACUUUUGUUCGAAAUAGAGAGCUUUUGCAGCAGUCAUCUCAGAUGAACUCUGAUAAAAUUAUUGCAACUGUUUCUCCGCUUUUAUCAGAGUGUUCUUUGAUAAAGCAAUCCAUUGUGGGUAUAAAAGAUGAGUUGGCUACAUCUACCAAGACUUUAUUUGACGACACUAGACAGGUGUUGAUUCAGUACCAAGCAGAGACGGCGGCUUUUCAAGCGAGCAUAAAGGAGUCAUACUCGACAGAAAUUGCUACACUUGCAGACAAUUUACAGAAACAAAACUCUUUGCUUGAAAAUGCGUACGGCGAAUUGGCAUCAACUUGCACAGAGCGCGACACUGCUAUUGAACGGUUCAAGGGAAUUCAGUGUUCGUUGACUGUAAUUCACGACCGUUUUGCUAAACGUGAAUCCAACUUUUUAAAAUCACUAGAGUCUCAUAAACACGAAUACCAACAGCUAGAGCAGAAUAUUGCUGAAUUAACUUUGGAAUGUCAGCUUGGUAAAACACACCGUGAAGAACUUGAAGCACAGAUAUCAAAAAUGACCGAAAUGGCAACUGUGGCUGAACAACGAGCACUUGCCGCUGAUGAACGUGAUCUUCAAUAUAGUUCUGCUCAGUCUAUACUUCAAACAUCUCUGGAUCUUGCUGAACAAAAUCUUCAAGUAGUCAAAUCUACUUUAAAAGAACGUGACGACGAGCUUGCUCAAGCCUACCUUGAUUUAAAAGAGUUUUCUGAAUGUACUCGCAACGCUUCAGAGCUAUGGGAAGUUAAGCAAGCCGAUUAUGUUGCAUGCAUCAACAAACUUCGUCUUGAAAUCAAAACAUCUGAAGAAUCGAUGGAAGAAAUGCAAACCAAAUUCGAUCAAGUUUCAAAACAGUUUGAGACCACCAUGUCAGAUCUAAACAAAUCAAUGGAUGAUUUUCAAAAGGUAUCUAUGGAUUUGGAGCAGUCUCAAGUAGCACUUUUCACCGCCGAGAAUCACAUUGAUGCUUUAAAGCAGCGAGAGCUUGAAAUGGAGCAGGAACUUUGCAGUAAAUCCGCUGCUCUUGACGCUGCCAAAUCAGAGAUUCAAGUCAACGUUGAAAUGGCUGAAAAAACUAGUAUGGAAAACUUGGCGGUCAUAUCCAAACUAGAAUAUGAUUUACUAGAAUCUGCUACAUCCAAGGAAACACUUUACAAGGAAUUAGUAGAUACACGGGAAAUUCUACAAGGAACCAAAUCAAUCUUGUCAGAUUUACAACAGACACGUGCUGAUAUACAGUCUGAUUUUGAAAUGCUAACAGCAACUCAUGCUGAGUUUAUACAUGAAUAUCAGAAACUUGGCAUGAGAAUGAGUGAAAAAGAUGCAGCCUUUUUAAAGCUCGAGUUUGAGCUUAAGCAAAAUGCAGUUUGCCGUGAUGCACUUGACAAUGACGUUUUAUCUCUACAACGCGAUCUUGAAGAAGAACAAGUCAAGGCAGCCAAAGAAGCACAAAAGUAUGAUGCAUUGUCGAUUGAGCUGAGUGAGACUUGUGAAACCGUCAAGAAAUUACAAGACCACAUUGUAGAACUUCAACAGGCCGAGUCUGAUUUCCGCAUGAAUCUAGAUCAGCAAACUCUGGCUCAUCAGCACAUGGUUAAGCAGCUGGAGUCGGAUCAUGCAUCGGCUUUGCAAUCUGCUCAGGAAAUUAUUGCCGAAUAUUCACAGUCUAUUGCCAUGCUCAACAAUAAUUUGGUUGAUUUGCAGAAUGAGCGUUCAAAUUUAGCCAGUCAACUUCAGCAAGAAAAACAUGAUACUGAGCAAAAAUCUAUUGCUCAUACAAGCAUGGUAAAUGAUAUCCAAGAGGAGCUAGUAAAGCAAUUAUCUGACAACACCAUCAUUUUUGCAAAGUACGACUUGCUGCUGGAUAGUUUUUCAGAAAAAUGCGCAUCUUUCAAUUUGAUGGAAUCAAUGAUGAACGAAAGAAAUCUUCAAGUAGCCAGUUUGGAAGGGAUCAAUAGAGAUCUUGAAGAGCAGCUUAAAGUGCAACACAUCAACAUUGGUCAACUUGAAAAAGCCACCACAGAUCUUGAUGCAUAUAUGAAUCAAAAAGUAGAUUUUGAGCUUAAACUUGAAUCUAUACAAAAAUCCCUUGUUGCAGCAGAAUCAGAAAUUUAUUUGAAAGAUGCUAGCCUAGAUGCAGCUGGAAAAGACAUUUCAAAAUGGCAAGCUCGCUUUGAUACUAUUGAUGCUCAGAUGGCUAUAAUGCAGAAAUCAUUGAACGAAAAGGCUGAUGAUAAUGCAUUACUGAGUACAAAAUUAGCCAACGUGCUCUCCGAAACCGACUUGGCCAACGCGCAAACUAGUGAAUUAGCCAAGCGUCUUGAAAUUGUUGAAACGCAGUAUGCCCAAUCUGAUUUGGAACUAAAUGCUGCUCGUGAUGCUUUAGAAAAAGCGAAUCAAAAACAUGCAGAAGAUACUGCGGAGCAAACUAGAAUCCAUACAGAAGCGCAGACCAAGAUUCAGUCAGAUUUUAAAAAUCAAAUGAUGCAGCUUAUGGCUCAAAACAAAGAGGCUGUUAUUGCCAACAUUGAGCUAAGAAAGCAGGUGGAUUACUUAUAUAAUAAGAUUGGAAAACUGCAGACUUCAGAACUUCAUCGCACAAUUUCAAAAAAUUCAAUAGUGAUUCAAGCCACACAAGGAUCUAUUGUAUCUGAGAGUAUUCUUCCUAUGGGCGGUGUUUCUGAAAUUGCAGGGACUGUUUUUCCUCAAUCCGAAUCUAGUUCUAGUCAAGCAACAGUUUCUAAAGUAAAACGACGGGUGGUGGAAGGGCAUCGUGGCGACAUUACUCCUACAAUGAAGCGUGUUCGUGGUGAUGUUUUGUCACAAGGCAGUUCACUUGGAGGAUCGGUGUUGAAUGACUGGACUCGCAAAGGUGCCAUCAACUGCACGCCAGGAUCUGUGAGGAGAGCUCGCGAGGCCAAUGUUUCUAUGCUAAUUUCCAUUUCUGGAUUCAAGGAAGUCCCUCCAUUCAAUUCGGCAUUACGAGAUCGCAUUGCCAAAUCCACAAAAACCCUCCCAGACGCAUGUUUUCUUAGUAGCUCCACAGUUAUAUACGAUCCCCGUAUUACUCAUGUGAUUUCUCCAAAAGGCACAAGAACGCUCAAGAUUUUUGCAGCAAGCCUCAUGGGAGCGUGGUUGAUUUACGAUCCAGCAUGGAUUACUGAUUCUGUUUCUAAUGGUGCCUGGCUUCCAGAAGACAAAUAUGGUCAUCGGAGCCAAACAAACCCAUAUCUAGGUAAACAAUUUUUUUUGGCCCCGUCGUUCAAGAAUGAUCCUAAAUUCAAAGAUAAUCGCCAAGAGCAGAUUACUUGCCUUGUGACAAUGUGUUCCAAGGGCAGUUUUGUUGAUCGUGCCGAGGAUGCAGACAUUGUGAUGCGCACUGACGAGGACACAGAUGAAUAUCCAGUUAAAUCACUCACAUGGACGACGUUUAUUUCUCUGAUUCCAUACAGUCAGAAAUGA